AUGACUGUCUAUGAUUCAAUUAUUGGCGAAAAGACUCCCAUCAUAUUUGACCUCGGAACAGCCUACAUAAAAUGCGGUUUCGCUGGCGAAGCAUGCCCGCGUUUCAUACUUCCUUCCCUUUUCGUCAAAAUGGACUUCUCAACUACCAACCUCUACGACUCUCUGAAAGAACUCUUCUAUCGUCUUUGCUAUAGAUAUCUUCUUGUCAACCCAAAGGAACGUCGUGUGGUUAUGGUGGAGUCCAUUAUGACUCCCACGAAUUUUCGCCAAACAAUAGCUGAUCUUCUCUUCCGUCACUUUGAAGUGCCGUCCAUUCUCUUCGCUCCGGCUCACCUGGUGGCCUUAUUCACCCUCGGCAUUUCCACAGGCCUGGUUCUCGAUUGCGGAUAUUCAGAGGCUCUUGUUCUCCCUGUCUGUGAAGGCUUUACUCUACUCUCCACUUGGCACUCUGCUCACCUUGGCAGCCGUCACAUCCAUAAGCGGCUUGAGGGUCUGAUCCGUGAGCAUGCUUUCGUGGAGGAUGACGGUGCUGAGCGUCAGAAGCUCUCCGAAGUUCCUGACAUUUGUGUUGAUGGGCAUGCAAUGUUGGAGGACAUUUUGAUGCGAGCCUGUUUCAUCAGUCCCGCAAAUAGGGCCGCAUCGUGGCGGAAAUGGAUGGAGGAGAGCGAGAAGUCAGAAGAGAGUUGUUCAAUUCAACCUCCACCCUAUGCGACGGAGAGCUUCACGUGCCCUUUGGAGGGAUGUGGAGAAGGAACGAGACUUGUUCACAUCCCUUCGUGGCUACGUGAGUCGGCGACGGAAAUCUUGUUCACGGCAGACGAUGCGGAUGGGGUGACGAUUACGACGCUGUUUUUGGACUGUCUUCUGAUGUGUCCUAUCGAUUGUAGAAUGUCUCUAGCACAGAAUGUAGUGUGCAUAGGUGGCACGACAAUGUUGCCAGGCUUCAUGGAGCGUCUCAAUGAAGAGUUACAAAAGGCCCUUGAACUUCCUCACUACGCAUCAUUGGCGGCUCUCAAGCAGCACAUCAAGUUUCAUAAUCCUCCCGCCAAGGCCAACUACACCGCAUGGCUUGGAGGUGCGAUAUUUGGUGCUCUAGAGUGUCUCCCUGGUCGGUCUCUGUUACGUGACGCGUAUUUGAAGGACCCAAAAUUACCCGAUUGGAACGACAUCCCUGACACCACUGUCCCCUCCGCACAUCCCGAUCUGGAGCCGAAAUACUCGCGCUGA